GGUUUCCUCAGCGGCUCCAUUGUGACAGUGGACCCGGAGGAGGGGGCGCGGCUGGGCAGGCCUUGGACGCGCAGAUACAUCUACAACCAGCAGCAGUGCGGCCGCUGCAAGGGCCCCGUCCGCACCUGGCGCAUGGCGGGCCGCACCGUCUACUGCUGUGAGCGGUGCCAACCGCUGGCACUGCCGCUGGCAUCGCCCUCCCAGCAGCACCUGGACUCGCCCCUGCCCCCGCCGCAGCAGCCACAGACACCCCGACAGGCAGCAGCAGCAGCAACUGCAGCAACCGCAGCCAUGACGCCGCAACAGCAGCAGCAAGAGGAGCAGCAGAGGCAGCAGCAGCUGCUGCAGCAGCUGUCCCCGUCGCGACGUGCGGCACUGGCUGCUGCCCGGCCGCCCCGGCUGUUCCCCAGUCGCUGUGCGCCGGAUGACGCGGAGGAUGUGGAGGAGGCGAUGGAGGCAGCAGGCGGCAGCGGGGGAACAGCAGCAGCAGCGGCGGCUCUGCAGAAGCUCACCGUCCCCCAGCUGCGCGCCCGGCUGGCCUCCCUGCAUGCGGACACGCGGGGCAACCGGCAGCAGCUGAUCGCCCGGCUGCAGCAGGUGCAGGCGGCAGGGCGGCAGCAGGUGGGGGCGGCAGCGGCAGCGCAGGAG